AUGUGGGGCACAGGAAGGUGCUUCCCAGAACUGAGGUGGUGCCUUUGGAAAGACCUUCUCUGUGCUGUCUUAUUCUUGCUCCAGACCCAGCCCAUGGUAGAGAACCUAGGGCAUGAGGGGGCCCGUCUGCAGCGAGUGGAGGUGACCUGGAGAGGAUCUCAUCCUGAGGCCUUGGAGGUACACGUAGACCCUUUAGGCCCCUUGGACAAGGUAAGGAAGGCCAAGAUCCGAGUCAGGACCAGCAGCAAGGUCAAGGUGGAGUCUGAGGAGCUGCAGGACAAUGACUUCCUCAGCUGCAUGUCCCGGCGCUCGGGGCUUCCUCGCUGGAUCCUGGCCUGUUGCCUCUUCCUCUCUGUGCUGGUGAUGCUGUGGCUCAGUUGUUCCACUCUGGUGACUGCUCCUGGCCAGCACCUCAAGUUCCAGCCCCUGACCCUGGAACAACACAAGGGCUACAUGGUAGAGCCAGACUGGCCUCUGUAUCCUCCCCCGUCGCACGCCAUGGGGGACAGCCCCCCACCCUACAAGCUGAAGCUUGGACCCGACCAAGCUGUAGGCCACCCUUUGAACCACGUACAGCCAGGGGCAAGGGGAAGCUCCAUGUUCUUCCAGGCAUCUUGGCCCUUCCUCCACCUUCCUGCUGUACCCAAUGCAGACCUGAUGGAUGGCUCUGCUAUCUUCCUGGCCAAGUCUUCAGCUUGA